AUGACUCACGGACGUCUCCAAGGCAAGGUGUCCAUUGUGACGGGCGCUGCCUCGGGCUUCGGCAAGGGCAUCGCGGCCAAGUUUGUGCAUGAAGGAUCCAAGGUCGUCAUCGCGGAUAUGGCCGACGAGGCUGGCCAAGCCGCUGCUCAAGAGUUGGGCUGCAAGUUUGUCACGGCAGACGUCUCCAGCAAGUCGGACUGGGAGCGGCUGCUAUCGGAUACCCUGCGCGAAUUCGGGCAGCUCGAUAUCGUCGUCAACAACGCCGGCGUCACAUAUCCCAAUAAGGCAACCGAGGACGUGACCGAGGACGAGUUUGAUCUGGUCUUCAAGGUCAAUGUCAAGUCCAUGUUCAUGUCGACGGCCGUUCUCUUGCCCUAUUUCCUCAAAGACAACCGCCCAGGCUGCUUCAUCCAAGUGGCCUCGACUGGAGGCGUCCGGCCACGACCACGGCUGACGUGGUACAAUGCCACCAAGGGCGCCCUCAUCACCGCAACCAAGGGCAUGGCCGUCGAAUACGGGCCCAAGAAAAUUCGCUUCAACGCCGUCUCGCCAGUCGUGGGAAACACGGGAAUGACGCACUUGUUCCUUGGCAAGCCUGGGACCGCCGAGAACUUGGCGCCGUUUGUCGAGACUGUGCCUCUAGGCCGGCCCUCAGAGCCCGCAGACGUUGCCAAUGCCUGCUGUUAUCUUGCCAGUGACGAGGCCUCCUUGGUCACCGGCGUCAAUCUCGAGGUGGACGGUGGACGCUGUGUUUGA